GUAUUUUUGAACUAAGAUCAAGACUUUUUAUUAAUUUAAUUUAUUUAAAAUAAAACCUAAUCAUGUAUUAUUAAUUCAUUAUAGGCUAAGAAAUAUCAAAUAAUUUUAUAAAAUGUGGUAUAUGUUACAGAAUCACUUAUGUUGUCUCACAAGACAAAGGUUCCUGGCUUCAAAAAGUAAUAAAUACUUCACUAAUAUAGUAAAAAACAAGCCAUCAGACGCUUUAAAUCGAUAUAUAUCACAGUUAAAGACUCGUGGAAAAAGUUCAAAGUCUGGAGAAUCAUUGCCUUGCAGUCCAUGGAAAUUGUGUACAGGAGUUAGUUUAGCUAUUGGCGCUCGGUAUUUUCUAUAUAGGAGUCCAGUAUUUUGUAAAGCAGUUCAGACUUCGAGAGUAAUACAGAGAAGGCCGAAUUUCCAAGAGGAUACCGCUAAAUUUGAUUGGGAAAAAUUAUUGAACUAUUUAAAACCUCAUAAAUGGCUCCUUAUAGCUGCUGUUGGUUCUGCGUUAGCUGUGGCAUUCCUAAAUGUGUACAUCCCAGCUAUGCUCGGUGUCAUAGUGAAUGUUCUAGCAGGAAUAAGGAAUAAUCCGGCUGCAGAUUUCAUUGACGAGAUCAAGAUGCCGGCAUUUAAAUUGAUUUCACUGUAUGUUGGACAGGCAGCCUUUACGUUUUUCUACAUUCACUUGCUGUCACAAGUGGGAGAAAAAGUGGCCACUCAAAUGAAACAAGACUUAUUUGUAUCUAUUCUAAGACAGGAUAUAGAAUUUUUUGAUAAAGAAAGAACUGGGGAAUUAGUUAACAGGUUAACAGUGGACGUACAAGACUUCAAAAGCUCUUUCAAACAGACCAUAUCGGGAGGUCUUAGAGCUAUUACACAGGUGGUGGGUUCUGCGGUGAGCCUCUUAGUCAUAUCCCCACAUUUGACAGGACUGACGAUGAUCUGCGUCCCGUCAGUUGUUAUCGGAGGCACCUUCAUUGGUUCGCUGUUGAGGAAAUUGUCCAGGGAAGCUCAAACUCAGAUAGAAAAGGCGACGUUGGUGGCGGAGGAAGCACUCUCCAACAUGCGGACGGUUCGAGCCUUCGCCGCCGAAGAGAGCGAAGCGCAGAUGUUCGCCAAGGAGUGCGAUGAGGCCGCCCAGCUCAGCAUGGAGCUGGGACUCGGCAUCGGAUUGUUUCAGGCCGGGACUAACUUGUUCUUGAAUGGAAUGGUGCUCGGCACUAUGUUCCUCGGCGGUCACCUGAUGUCGACCGGGCAGAUGUCGGCGGGAGACGUGAUGGCGUUCCUGGUGAACGCGCAGACGGUGCAGCGCUCGGUGGCGCAGCUGUCUCUGCUAUUCGGCUCCGUCGUUAAGGGGAUCAGCGCUGGCGGUCGGGUGUUCGAGUACAUCAAUAAGAAACCCGCAAUGGACACGUCCGGUACGAAGUAUAUAAAGUACCACGAGUUUCACGGCGACAUCGAGUUUAAGAACGUCACAUUCGCCUAUCCCACGAGACCGGAGGCUGUGAUAUUGAAGGAUUUCAAUCUUAAAAUACCUGCUGGCAAGACGGUCGCCAUAGUCGGCACAUCUGGCAACGGGAAGUCUACUAUCGCUGCUCUGUUGGAAAGGUUCUACGACGUGAACGAAGGCCAAGUGUCGAUAGAUGGCGUUGACGUGCGCGACUUCGACGGCAAGUGGCUCCGCGGGAGGGCGCUAGGUCUGAUCGGCCAGGAGCCGGUCCUGUUCGCCACCACGGUCCGGGAGAACAUCCGGUACGGGAGACCGGAGGCCACUGAUGCUGAGGUGAUGCAGGCGGCUACGAUAGCCAAUGCUCAUGAGUUCAUACAGUCGUUCCCGGAGAGGUACGAUACUCUGGUCGGCGAGAGGGGGAUGGCUCUGAGCGGGGGACAGAAGCAGCGAGUCGCCAUCGCCAGAGCCGUGCUGAAGAAUCCACCGGUUAUAAUACUGGAUGAGGCCACUAGUGCUCUUGAUUCCGCGAGCGAGAAGGUCGUACAGAAGGCGCUGGAGACGGCGGCCAAGGGUCGGACCGUGCUGGUGAUAGCCCACAGGCUGUCCACGGUCAUCAAUGCCGAUCUGAUCGUCGUAUUGAACAAGGGGAAGAUUGUUGAGAUGGGAAAUCAUGAACAAUUGAAGAAAUUGAAGGGUUUUUAUUGGAAUCUUAUAAAGCAACAGGAUCAAGAUCAAGAACAAUCGAGAUGAUGGGAUUCUGUUACAGUUGGUCGGGCAGGGUGGCCGCCGUCCUCAUGUGACUACGACCUCAUGUCUCAAAGUGGUUGGGACCGCUUAGGAUCUGAUGUUCAUUAACUCUGUAUUAACUGCUAAGAUGAGGGUAAAAUUUAAAAAUAGAUAUACACUUGUGUUGAAUUCUCAAAAACACACAGAACAAACAUAAAUUUGACAAUAAAUGAUAAUAGUGAUGACGUCACGAUUUUCAAACGAAACCGUCUAUGGGUAGUAGAUAGUAGAUUGCAAUAAUGCAUUCAUAUCAAUUAGUGAGAUACGCAAAUAAUUUCAUAAUGAUUCAUCAUUCAUGAUUUUACUGAAAUGAACAAUAUCCAAAGAGAUAGAUAGUAUGUAAUUCAGAAAUUCAUUAACACACAUCUAGGGAUCCGGGGUAAGUUAUAUUACUAAAAUAUAAGCUGGCCGAGGGUAUUGUAGGCCCGUGCGGGUAGGUACCACCACCUUGUCUAUUUUUGCUGCGUAGCAACCAUGCGCCAGUUUUGAAAGGUCGGUAAAUCAUUUAGAAGUAAAAUCUUCGUCCUUAAGGUCUGUGGACUCGCCUGUGGACUCGCUGGCGCAAAAAAGUUAUAGUAAUAGAAAAAGCCAAUGAAACAACUCUAUAUCGCCCAAAUAAGAGAAAGAGAGAGUGAGAGCGAGAGAGAGAGAGAGAGAGAGAGCCAGCACGCAUCGGUGCUUCUGACGUCACUGCCGUGUAUAAUCUGUAAUCGUUACAUUCGCACAGCUGACUUGAUACGCCGAUCACAGCUCUUUGAAAAACACUAUUUGCAUUCAUAAUAUAACGGGUUAAAGAUUCAUUUUGUGUAAAGAAACGAAUAGACAAGGAUACCUAAAUAAGGUUUUAUUGUUGUAUACCUUUGUUGUUUGUAAAAGAAAUAAAAAGUGUUAC